AUGGAGUCCUUGGACCAAGCGGGUCUCCUGGACCUUCCUGAUGAGCUGCUCCUCAAGAUCGUAUCCUGCAGGGUCAUUACGGUUCAGGAUUUGGGCAGAGGAGCGGCCACUUGCACGAGAUUGAGAAAUGUCAUCGCAACACAGGAUUUGUGGAGAAAGAAAAUCGAGCAGUACCACCCAAAAGUCUGGGACCAACUGCCAAGCAAUGCAGGAAUCCAGGACUGGAGACAAGAGGUGCAGACCAUGAAGCAUUUGGAGGUAGAAAUUCACAAGUUGGUGACGAGCCUAAGCAAGAGUCUCUACAAGCAACUGAACCUCACCACUCCGGUCUAUGGGGAUAUUGAUGUCCUGCUGUCUUCAGGCGCUUACAAUCCAAUUUACAUCUUAGACAUUUUACGACAGAUUAUUGAUGACGGAGAACAGCAUCCAACGAAACCUGUGGAGCCAGAGGUUAGACAGCAGCCGGCACCACCUGUGCAACCAAGGCCAAACUGGCAAAGAGUAUUACCUGCAAAUGGUAAAAAUUCUCACUCCAGAAGGCCAGUAUAUGACAACUUGACAAAUAAGUACUAUGCGUUAAAAGUCAUGAGUGAAGUGUAUCAAGGAGCCUGCAGGUGCGAGUGGGAGAAGUUUGUUGCCCGUCCAUCAGCUGAGCAGAGCAUUGAAGUUGGUGCAAUCCUGAUGGCUCGUUGGUUCCAACCACACACUGACAUUAGCAUAAAGCAGAUGACCAGUGUGAUUGAUGGUAUAGCUGAGCAAUGUCGCGAACAGCUGCGAAUUAAUCACCCUAAUCAUCCAGCCCUCUCUGUGCCCUUAACACCCGCUGGAGAAGUACUGACAGAAUCACGCUGGUCCUAUGAGAAGACAGUGCAGCUGUUUAAGUGUAUUAAUCACGUCCUUUAUCAUCAAAUGAAAAUGACUGGUAACAGCGAAGAUUAUUAUAAUCUCAAGAAUUCAUUAAUAAAUGAAGUGCUCACUUCCAAGAAAGGUAUACCAAUCUCACUAAGCAUUCUAUAUAUGGCCGUAUGCCACCGCCUCGGCAUCUUGCUCGAACCUGUAAACUAUCCGUCACACUUUGUCAUGAAAUGGAAGAUGCCCAGUGUAGAUGAUUAUGAAUACAUAGAUGCAUUCAACAAAGGGAGACGGCUAACAAGACAACAGUUGUUAAAGGAACUUCCUCUUGGAUCUGUUAGCGACCAAGUACUUCUUACAACCUGUGAUGCAAAGUCAGUCUUGCAACGCAUGGUCAGGAACAUUAUGAACAUAGCACAGAUGCAGGCUCAUAUUUCCGACCACAUGGAAUUGUUCUGCUCGGCCACAGAACUCAUGAGCCUUCUUAUGCCUAAUGAUCGCAGCAUCCAAGAAUUGUUGCUAAGAAUAUACUACACUUUAGGAAAACACUAUGACCGCAUCGUGGCUGGAUGUAGACGCUUGCUGAAAGAAGGGCCAUCAACAAUACUAGAGAAGAUGCUUGAUGAAAGCGAGUGCAUUCUAGUGAGCAUGAUUCCUACGAUGGAAACCAUUCACCCUAAUCCAAGAUACAAAGAAGUUUCCUACGCCACUGGAAUGGUUAUGCAGCACAAGCGUUACCACUACACAUGUGUGAUAUUUGGCUGGGACAGGGAGUGCCAGAUGUCAUCUGACUGGGUGCAGCAAAUGGGGGUCUAUAAUCUCCUGUAUAAGACAAAACAGCCAUUUUACAAUGUAUUGGUGUAUGAUGGCUCACAUAGAUACGCUGCACAAGAGAAUUUGGAAAUUGCAACAGAUCCCAGACCCAUACCGCACUCAGAUAUUGGCAAAUAUUUCAAGAAAUUCACUGGAACGCACUACAUACCCAACGCAGAGCUCGAGCAAGAGUAUCCAGAAGACAAAGCUGUCAGAAAUGAACUGCUUCGAAUCCGGGGAUGGUUAUAGCAUUAUAAUAACAUUUUACUACAGAGCAUAUGUUGGGAUUAACUCAUUAGUGUCAGUGUGGAUGUAUGCAUGCAUUAUUGAUGUUGUUUUUUGAUUUUGCUUAACCAUAGAUGAUCCAGAAGCACUACUUGAGCAUAGCAAUUACCUUUCCUUGAAUUUUUUUGAAGGGAGAUUCUUAUAUAUAGUACUGUUAUUAUUGAUAAUGCUGUUAUAAUAACAGUGAUGAUAACAAUAGUGUUCACAGCAAUAAUGAUAAUUUUUUUUGUCUUUUGUCUUUUUCUUGUUCUUUCCUUCUUUCAAAUUUUCAAGGAAUAGGGUAAACAGGCAAGAUCAAGUAGGGCUUAGUAUUCCUUGCUGACUAAAGACAUGUGAUGCUGUCUAUGGAUAUUCAAAAUCGAUAAAACAAAAUCAAAGGAUAAUGCAUGUACCUAUUGCCAGUAGGUUAAAAAUAAGUUUUGUAUGGAACACAAACAAAUAUGUCUGUGUACAAUUUACCCCUCGGUCUAAAGAGAUUUUUAUUGUAUCUUUUGUCACAAAGUUCAAAUAUUUAGGUUCUAUUCGUAUUUAAAGUAUCCUAAGAACAUUGUCAUUAUCACUGAAAAUAUCUCAUGUGAAGUGAAUCCUCUAUACUGCAUUCGGUUGAGAUUAUGUUCUUUUUACGUUGUUUUCUGUAGAUAAAACUCACAGAUGAAUUAAGAAAGUGACAGGUAACCUCCUUUCUUCCCUUUUCAUAUAUCUCACUGAUCCUCAUAAUCUAUACAACUGUAACUCAGGAAAAUUCAUUAGAAAACACUGUUAGUGUAAUAGUUACAGAGAAUGUAGAAAAAUAUGUGCAAAUUGCCUAAGUGAAUUAAUUAAGUAAGCAUGGCUAUGUGUAUGGGUGUGUAAAGGAACACAGAUUCAGAUUUUUAUUUUAUCGUGAUAUUUACAAAAAACAUGAAGCCUCUGAUUAAAUAAGUUUUCUGUUAAUGGUACCCUCAGUUUUCUUUACUGGCAAAAACUUUGAUCUUUAAUAUUCCCAGAAUCUAAUAGAUAAUUUAACAUUUCUUUGUGUAUUUGGCUAAUUCAAAUUAUUCGCAUUUUUUUUUGUGUGUGUAGUGUCUUUUAUUCUAUAUUCUUUGCACUAUAAAAGUAAUUAUAAUAAUCUUAAUAUCAUGUAAACAAUAUCCUGGACAUUUUCUGUAAUAAAUAAGCUAAGAUUACAGUUAAAAUAAUGCUUGUCAGAGUUCAUUGAUCUAGGACUGAAAGAUUUUGUAUAUAGGAUUAAAAACAGUAAUAAACUUGACAGUUAUUGUUAACUAAGUCGUAUAAAAAUAUGUUAUUUAGCUCAAGUUUUUUACUAGAAGCCCAGAAAUUGACACUGAAUAGAGCAUUUUGAGUUCAAUAGGUAUGUUGAAGGCAGUGACCUAUAAUGUAAUAAAUUAUUGUUGAUUUAAUAAUCAA